AAAGACAACGGAACCCGCAAUAUGUCGGAGCCUAAAUACCGACAGUGGAUCCUGGAAACCAUCGACUCCCUGCGCUCGAGAAAAGCCCGACCGGACCUGGAGAGGAUCUGCCGAAUGGUCCGCAGGAGACACGGGUCAGACCCGGACCAAACCAGGGCUGAACUAGAAAAACUGAUCCAGGAGCAAACUGUGCUCAAAGUUAGCUACAAAGGCUCCAUUUCUUACAGAAAUGCCGCAAAGGUGCAAAGAAAAUGCCGCAAGAGAACGGAGCCCAACGGCGACGAGUCGGUGCGCGAACAAACUAAACACGCCGAUAUUAAUAAUGACAACAACGGCGACCGCGAGUCCGAGGACAGAGGGGUGAGCCCGUGUCCUGCCCCCCUGCCCCAAACCUCUCUUUCCACUCUUGAAACGGGAGAAACGGUUUUACCGACACAUGGUUGUGGCGCAACGGACUGCUCCGUUAAAACAAGUGCAUCGAAAGAGAAGAGAUUAAUCACUCACGAUGCUUCACGUGCGAACAGACGGCCCGACGGAGAAAAGACGCGCGGUGAUGACAACAGUCCGCCUCCGAGAACACCCAAACUCAAGGUGGGUGCGGAGGGGGGGUCUCCGGACGAGAACAGCGCUGAUCUAGGCGAUCGGCUGGUUGUUGCGGUCCGAAGUCUGUCCGAGAGUCACCGACGGGGCCACGCACCACUGGGACUAAAGGAGAUCCUCGAUUCCCUCAGCACGCAGAGCGGGACGCCCGGGGAAAAGCUGACUCGCAAUCGCGUCAAAGUGGUGCUGGAGCGCGUGAUUGAGAUGGGUCGCCUCCGCAGGAGCCGCCUCGGCCACAUCAGUCUUCCCGCGAGGGCGUCCAAGCCGUCCGCGCGACUCCUGAAGAGCGCACUGCAGGACAGACAUCUCGCGGGAAAGGAUGAGGUGAAGGAGGAAGAACGAAUUGAGACAAGGAGUGAGGAGGAUGGAACAGAGGACCAUUUAACAGGCUUAGACGAGGAUGCUCCCGAGAAGAGUGUCGAAGCGUGCACUGACCCCAUCUCAACUGACAUGGAGGUUGAGAAUGAGAGUGGCAUCAACUCACCGAUGACGUCUGAGGGGAAAUCCCAGUCUUCGCUGGAGUUGUCAAACCAAUGCGCCUUACUGCAGGAAGUUGACGUGGGUGGAAAUGAAGAGCAGACAAUGUCUGUAGAGUCUGAGGAUACUGGCACUGAGAACAGUGCAGUUACACCGGAUCAGCUCAAUCCCAGCACGGAGGAUCAGGUGAUUGUGAUGUCAGAGCCCGUAAAGUCUCCACUGUCAAUACCUGUAACAAACUCAGGUUCAGGAGGUAAGAUGGAAGUGUCGUCAUGUCUGCUGACUCCCUCUGCCUCUCCAGGAGCAGCCGAGGAACGAGGGAUGAAUGGAGGAAUAGGUGGUUUUGUGAAGUUGGAGUCAAACGGUUUGAACCCGGUUGACUGGACAGUAGCAGAUGUGGCCAGCUAUUUCACCACAGCUGGAUUCCCGGAGCAAGCCCUCGCCUUCAGAACACAGGAAAUCGAUGGGAAGUCCCUCCUCCUAAUGCAGAGGAAUGAUGUGCUGACAGGCCUGUCAAUCAGGCUUGGUCCCGCCCUUAAGAUUUAUGAACGUCAUGUGAAGGUUCUGCAGAGGACCCACUUCCAAGACGACGAAGCUUUCUGCUGAUACAGGCACAUAUUUGCUACUCAUAUGUACAUAUACAGUACCAAACAAUAUUCAGUCAUCACAGAACCAAGACGCGCGUAUACAGGUGUCCUUAAAAACUCAGAUAUUCAGAACUAAUGUUGGGGAUUUGGCUCUUUCCAGAGUUCUUGCUCCCCUCACACACAAACAUGUACAUAUUUGUUUUCAAAAAGGACCCUAAUGGACAUUGGGAUUAAAGGACAUUUACUUGGAAAAAUAAUAAUAAAAUAAAACUGAAUGGGAAAACUGAAAGACGGAGUUUGGAUCAGAGAAGCAUUUCUCGAACUGCACCCGUUACUUUAGUGGGGAAAGAUUUAAUGCUGCUCUGACAUUGAGACUGCUGCUUGACCUUUGACCCUGAAUGGAUUUCAUCAACUGGAUUUUAUUUGCAGAAUCUCUUCAGUCCAGCAGAGGGCAGAAUCUGAUCCUUGUUUGUUUACCUCACUGGUUACAUUGUUUCCAAUGAAACCAAGUGAAUACUAGAUGGUUUCGACAUUGCUCAGAAUUUCAGCAUUUUGUUAUCUUUUCCCCAAUGUUGAGGGAAGACAUUUUGAGAAAACCCGGAUAAGCAGGAUGAUUCUGAACGGAUAUUUGAUUCUUAGUGCAUCAAAAGAGGUUCAGCAUGAACUUGAAACUGCACCAACAACGAUUUGCAGCAAAAAAGCGACCUGAAGUCAUUCAUUUUCAAAGAGAGUCGGCAGUUUGAGCUGAGAUAAGCGACGGACACUGUUGGCGAUGUGAUGAGACGUAAUGCAGCAUCCACCAGUAGAAGUGAUGACGGUGACGCUCACAUGAUCCGUCGCUUGAUGCAGUUGGAUAUUGCAAGUCAGAUCGUCAACUUGAUAUCAACAGUACUGCAACCUAGCGGGAACAUCCUUAAAGGGUCAACUUACUGGUCAACCCUUGUUGCAAUGACACCGACCCUUGUCUUCCUUAAAACUGGAUUUAUAUGCUGACAAUCCAGAAAGACGUUCUAGAACUACAAAAUACGAAUUCAAAAGAAUUCUCGAACAUUCCGAUGUUCCAUCCAGUGUUCUUGUUGCCAUGACACUCUUCUCCACAUUGUUGAUUAGUUCAGUUCCACGUGCAAUUCAUGAAGCACUCAAAGGGGAAGUGACAAACUUUAUCUGCAGUGUUUACAUGGCAGAUUUCUUUCAUGCAAUCAAGUGGGUUUAUCUCACUAAGGAUUUACCCUUUAAAGCCUGCAACACAACAACUGACUAUGUUUGAUUUAAUCUCGGAUUCACCAGCCAUAUUAUUCAGGCACAAGGAAUGUCACCAUGGAUAACUGUGCAUAGCAUUUGUAAAUAUCAAUUUGAGUCCAAGUUGCAAAGCAAUGGACAUAUUUUUGCACAGUAUGAAUGUCCACAAUUGCACAGAGAACACCCAGAAGCCAUUGCCACUUAUAUAUAUAUAUAUAUAUAUAUAUAUAUAUAUAUAUAUAUAUAUAUAUAUAUACACCUGUAUAUAUCAAAUAACAAUGGACGUUCCCAUUCAAUAAAUAACAAGAACUGACUCCAUGUAGAGAAGAUACUUUUUUAAAAGGGCAACACAUUUCUAACAUGUUUAAAUCACCAAUAGAUUGUGUCUUAUGCCCUUAAACUCCAGUGUCUUCAACAUUGUCAAUCAUGAAACAGCACUAUGUGGACUCCACAUGUGGAUGCAUCCAUCAGACUCCUUCAUGGGACUGUUGCUUUUUUAGAGGGCGUUUAUUGUGUAAGUUCAUUUCCAUCGUGAAGAAAUCCUGGAUACCUUAAAAUCCUAACGGACCUGAUUUAUUUAUUUGUUUGUUGUUUUUUUAUAUAGUCUGUUAAUAUUGAUUCCCUGUCUAAAAUAUGCAAAGGUACUUUGGUUGAUUUGUGUUCUCCUGACACCACAAAUAACUUAUACAAAUAAUGUUUUUCAUGCCUGCAGUUUCAUCAUUGUUACUCUUAUUAACUGGAAAUGUCCUCUGGCUGAAUGUUUAUUAGAUGUUAAAUGAUAGUCUUCUAUCCUAUCUUAAUUAUAAGUAAAUCAUUCAUUGGUUGCAUUCCCGAAAAAGUGUAAACACAGUGGCAGAGCAACACUUCCAGCAAUGCUCUGGGUUGAAUUUCAAGCAUUGUUAGCCAAACUAUAACAUAGUUCAACGCUUUAGUGUUAACCUAAACCAUUGUUCCAACAAGCAUUCAGCUGGAACUGCAUCUAUUGGAACUACAGCUGAUUAAAAGCAUCAUUUUUUGUUAGUUGGCAGUGUUUUAAGCGAAAGGCCUAUUAUGCCAGACGUUUUGCUUGUCAGCAUUCAUGAUGGUAUAUUUAAACUUCGACAAUAGCUGUUCUUCAUGACACAGAAGUUAUUACUCCACCCUCUGCGUAACAUCAUUAAUGACAUUGUGGUUUCGACCAACAGAUGCAUUGAUUUGCGACAUAGUUAUUAUGGUUUCGGGAAACAGUCGCGAGUAGCUACUUGGUUUUUACAAUGAUGUAUCGCACUCAGAGGUUAGUUGAGUUACGACGUUGCCCUGGAAUUGCACCCCUGUUUGUUUUAGCAGUCAGACAUAGCAACGUUUGCUCAACUAAUGGUCAGAUCUGUUUCAAAUGCAAUGGAAGAAGGGGAGUUUUUAGGGUAAGCAGACAUUUUUUAUGAUUCCAUUUCGUGCUGCAAGUGGUGCAGAAAUUACACAAUGUCACUUUUAUGAAAAACAUUUAAUAAAAGUCAGAACUAAUGUCAGACAUGAAGCUACAAGGAUUAUUUGUUUUAUUUUAUCCCCAAUUUUGGAACGCCCAAUUCCCAGUACUUAGGAGGUCCUCGUGGUGGCGCU